AUGAUGCUCAGCUCUCUUCUUCUCCCGGCUCUGGCCUCCCUCGCCAUCGCAGAGAGCAUAGUGACUUCUAUGUUCAUUUUCGGUGCAGACAGACAGCCUCUCGCGGCGUCGAUCAUGGGUAAUGACGCGUCCGCAACAACAUACAGUAUAAACUGUCCCCCCGGCACAGACAGCAACGACUGUGGGAUGGGACCAGGCAUGACCGUGAUUGCAGCGGAUGAAACCACGACGUACAUGAUGAACGAUGGGGAUAACUUCAAAUUCACAGCUGAAUGCAGCGUUGGGAAAUCCAUCGCCGAUUGUACCGCGAGCGCCGGUGGCCCCGACGCAAACUUUCCUGGAGUCGAGACGGCCACUGAGGAAGUGAGCUACAUUCCUGUCACUGUCACGGCGGGGAGUGUUACGAGUACGGGGGGAUCUACCGCGACUUCGACCUCGACUUCGAGUUCCAGUAAUGGGUCUUCUGCGAGCGAGGAGGCCACCGCUGCGGGCUCCGCCAGUGCCUCGCGGGCCUCUGAGACGGCUUCUCAGACGGCUGAAGAGACUGCGGCGCAGCCGAGCGAGACUGGUGCUGCGGUGAGGGUCACUGGUGUUGUUGGAUUGGUGGUUGGAGGUGCUGCUGUUGCGCUGAUGGGUGCAGGGCUUUGA